UCCGUCCGAAAAAAGUUGUCACCAUGUACAUUUUGCAAAAAACACCCCCAGCUUCCCCCGACACAAUCCGCACUCCAGCCGCCCAUUCUUCCCCUCGCUACCCCAUUCUUUCACUGCUUGCUCGCCGGCGACGCCGUGACAUCGCGCCGCCUCGAUCCCUUCCUCCCCCUCCCGCCCCACGUCGCCUUGCCCCUCCCUCCCCACCUCUGCCCACGCCGGUGCCACCUUCUUCCCCCAUGCCUUGUUUGAAGCUUGGAAUUUUGCCCGAAGGUUGGAUUUUUGUGCGGCGGCCUAGCGAGGUGUCCAUCCCCGAGGACCACUAGCCAUGGCGGCCGCCGUCCAUGUCUACCUCCUCCGUCAGCCUCCUCCUCGAGUGCCCCCUCCUCCGUCUGCCGCCUCGUCAACCCGGUCUCUUCUCCUCGCCGUGGCGCUCCCCCCUCUCCGCUCCUCCCUCCGCGUCGGCACCUGCCAACUACCCAGCGACCCCUGCUGGCCCUCUCGUCCGACCACCUGCUCGCUGUCAACCAUGAAGCCCUCCCCCUCCAUGGACGUCGUCGACCCAAGCACUGGGAAGCACGGGUGGUCAAGGUGGAGGAGCUCGCCGGAGCACUACGCGCUCAAGGCGUCCACAACACCUCCACGUGCUCAAGUCCAGAGCUCGCCGGAGCUUCAGAUCCAGAUGAAGGCUCAAUGCUGCAUUGUUGACUGGCACAUCAGGGGCAACCAGCAGACCAUAAAAUUACAAAUGAUUUCUCCGCGGAGCGGAAGAUUGGUGGAGGUCCAUUCGGAAACGUUUAUAAGGUUUGGUUAUUUUCCUUUAACAUCUUCUAUCCUUUCCACCAAUGUCCAUUCGGAGUACUCAUAUCUUUGUAUCUAUGGGAUUAAUAAUACAGCGUGUUGUGCCAGAUGAUGGCAGAGUGAUUGCGGGGAAGAAACAUCAGCAAAACGCACCGAUGCCGCCU